AUGGAGAGGUGGUUCUCCUGCUUUCUGUGUGGGCAGCGAUUCAUCGAUGCAUCCCACGUCCUGAAACACCAGCGGGUUCACCUGGGGGAGAGGCCGUUCACCUGCUCUGAGUGCAGGAAGGGAUUUGUCGAUUCUUACACCCUGCUGACCCACCAGCAGGUCCACAUCGGAGAGGCCGUUCACAUGCUCUGUGUGCGGGAAGGGGUUCACUCAGACAUCUACAAUGUAAUCUACCAAUGGGUCCAUCUCAUGGAGAGGGCGUUAAUCUGCUCUCAUUGUGGAAAGUGCUUCACCCGCUCCUCCCACCUGCAGAGCCACCAGCGAGUUCUGGAAUUUUUUGAGGAU